UAAGAAUCUCCAUGAAUAGAUAUCUGCUCUGUGGCUGAUAACCAAAAAUGGCAAAGAGAGGGGAAAGCUUGAGAGACAAACCUAAAUGGAGUCUUGAAGGCAUGACUGCUCUUGUUACCGGUGGAUCUAAAGGCCUCGGAAAAGCUGUGGUGGAGGAACUAGCCAUGUUGGGAGCAAGAGUUCACACAUGUGCCAGAGACGAAACUCAGCUUCAAGAAAGCUUACGUGAAUGGCAAGCAAAAGGGUUACAAGUCACCACUUCUGUUUGCGAUGUUUCUUCUCGUGACCAGCGAGAGAAACUCAUGGAAACUGUUUCCUCUCUCUUCCAAGGAAAACUCAGCAUCCUCGUACCCAAUGUGGGAAUAGGUGUACUAAAGCCGACGACUGAGUGUACAGCAGAAGAGUUCUCAUUUAUAAUAGCUACAAAUCUGGAGUCAACUUUCCAUUUCUCGCAACUCGCGCAUCCUUUAUUGAAAGCCUCUGGUUCAGGGAACAUUGUGCUCAUGUCUUCCGUGGCUGGAGUUGUAAAUUUGGGUAAUACAUCAAUCUAUGGAGCAACCAAAGGAGCCAUGAAUCAGCUGGCGAGAAAUUUAGCAUGCGAGUGGGCGAGUGAUAAUAUAAGGGCUAAUUCUGUUUGUCCAUGGUUCAUUACAACUCCGUCAACUAAAGAUUUCCUCGGUGAUAAAGAUGUAAAAGAAAAGGUGGAGAGUGUGACACCAUUGAGACGUGUUGGAGAGGCAAAUGAAGUAUCAUCGCUUGUUGCAUUUCUAUGUCUUCCCGCAGCUUCUUAUAUAACAGGUCAAACCAUUUGCGUUGAUGGAGGUUUCACUAUUAACGGCUUCUCUUUGCCUUAAACACGUAUAUAUGCAUAUAUUCAUGCUUAAAUUUAUGUGAUUAAUUAGUGGUUUCACUGCAUAUUAAUUCAUACAAGUUUUAUAUGUAACUUAUGUUGAGGGAGCUCACUCCGUUCAUGCCUUCUAAUGUUUGGACGAAGAACUCAAUCUUUUAUCUUAUCGGAUAAGAAGUUACUUGUGUUCACAUUUGAUGUUUGUUCGUUUCCAAUCGUAUUGUGACUUUUGAUAUAUAAAAUAAUUAUUGUAUAUAUUCUA